ACAUUGUUGUGUUACCUGUGCUGAUAGAAGUUACCUACAUAUUUUUAUCUAAUCGCACAAACACUGUGGGAAAAAAUGAAUUAAUCACUGGCACGGAAGGUACGCAAUCUAAAGGGUUCUCGAGAGGAGUUUUUGCAAUUCUUUUUAUGACAAAUUUCUCUCCUUUGUGGAAUUUCGCGAAAGUGGUUUACAUAUUUUGGUGAUUUUGUGGUUGUGCAGUUGAUGUAUUUUGGGGAGCAUAAGAGCCGUUGCCAGCAUAAGAAGUGACCCAACGCAUACAUAUUUGUGGAGUUCUUCGCAUUUAUGUGACUAAUACGCACACACAGAGUUUGGAGUCUCCAUAGAGCGAGAGAGUUUGGUUGUUGUAACCAGUUUCUCAAUUUACCUGCUCGCGCGACACGCCUUUUGUUGUGCCUGAGAGUGUUUUUAUAUAAGAAAAAACCAAGCGUGAGUACUACCAAGACAGGGUGGAAAAUCAGUGAGUGUGACGACCCAUUUUCAUUGAGAAAACUCCCAAUUUGUGACCUUCCUGGCGCCCUGACGUUGCAACAGAACGGGAUGGAUGAAUACGGAGCUGAGAGUCUCUUGGCGUGGUUCUACCCACUCAUAGCUGCCUUCUCCGUGGUUGCUACUGUCACAUUUGCCGUGGCGUGGAAUCACUGGAAGUACGUCCUGGACACAUGUGAUCCCAAACUCUUCUGCGGAUGCAUCUUCAAUGCCAGAUCAACACCAACGUACUUUGUGGGGGCACAUAUUGCCUAUUGCUACUGGGCAACCAUUGGACCCCUCCUGGGAGCACUAGUGGCCGUCUUCUUUGGCACAUAUCAUGUAUUUCGCGUCUGCAUGGGGAAAGGAAGAACCAGGACGGGGACGACGACGGUUAAACAAAGGUCAGGCGAUGUUAUUGUAAUGACCACCCGUACAGAACUCACGGAUGACUCCAUCUCACCGUACUGGUGGAUUCCGAGUAGCAUUGCUGCCUGCCUCAUGACACUGUACACGCUCACGCACGCUGCCAUGGCACUCGAUGGGUUCCUCUAUGCGUGCCGUCAGUACAGGAUUGAACUGACCAAGUACAUGAGAGCCACGGGACCCCUUGUGGAGAGUAUUCAGGGGAGGAUCUCGUGCGCAGCUGUCUUUGACUUUAUGGACUACAUCCAUCCAGACGUCUCGUACGAUCGUCGUCGAAUUGAUCGCAUCAACACCCCAGCUGCCCUCAUUACGGGGCUCAUUGCAUCGUGGCUCUGUGUAGCUCUCUGGGCAGCCAUUGCCUUCAUCACCAUCCGUCAGGCACGUCGUAGUCGUCGCGUGCGAGUGUAGUGGAAUACAAACCCCCCGAUCUCCCAGUCUUAAACACCACCCCCAUGUGCCUUUCAACACACAUCAUUGCUUUUUGUACCGCCGAAUGAUUUUAUGCGCCAAUAAAACUUUUUUUUCCAACA